AUGGAACGCCGAAAAUACAACGAGUAUAACCGUAUAAUGCUUGCUCUACACGGUUCACAUGAGUACCUAAACGAAAAUAUUCUUAAACAGGCCAGUAAAAAAUUUUGGUUACCAGUGGAGUCGUGGAACGGUCCGAUAUCGCUUGCAAUUUAUUUGACCGGAAGAAACAUAACUGACGCCUACUUUACAACUCUUGAAAAGCUCGUAAUUCUAGAAGAAAGGUUUGAUGGCAAAGUUUCAGUCCAUUUCUUCUACAAAUCAAACAAACCGUGCUUACCCACAGUCCCGGACGUCACUAAUGCCCCUAUCGGAAGAGGAUACGAAAUCAACGUUGCUAGAAACAUUGCGCGCGUGUUGUCGUCCACCAAAUACAUAAUCGUCUCCGAUCAGGAAUUUAUAUUCUCCCCAAAUUUUGAAUUCCAAUUGCGAAAUUUAAUGGAUGAAACUCUAAAACGCAGUAGUAAAACUGUUUUUAUAUAUAGAGUUUUUGAACUAAAUUCUUCAGUUGAAAGGAUACCUAAAGAGAAGAAAGAAUUGAAAAUGCUGUAUGAUUCAGGACUUGCUGUACAAUUCCAUAAAGUUAUUGCUCCAAAAUGUCAUGAAAUUAGCAAAAUAGAGGAAUGGUUCGCUAAAGAAUACGAUGGCAAAAACGUAACGGUGAACCGCAUCGUGGAUUACGAGUAUCUCCACUGGGAGCCACAAUUGGCUUCACUAACUGAUAUUCCAUUUCACGAUGAAACUUUCUUGUACGGUGCCGCAGAUAAUACAGUUUUGAGAUGGGACUUAUGCUAUAGAGGUUACGAAUUCGCAUUAGUUGACGAACUCUUUGCUGUACACCCGGGGAUUCGAAAAGAAACUUUUUAUGGUCAUAUUUAUGGGAAGCUAAUAACAUUUAGAAGAGACGGCUACAAAAGCUUUAGACAAAGAAUGAUCAAAAAUCACUGGAUAGGUAAAAGUGGCUGCCCGCAACCUUGGUAA